AUGCCGCUAGACACCAGCACCUACUCCCUCGCGCUCCUCCGCCUCGACGGCCGCCGCUGGAACGAACUCCGCCGCAUCCAUGCGCAAAUCUCCACGCAAGCCGCCGCUGACGGGUCCUCGUACCUAGAAAUGGGCAACACCAAGAUCCUUGUAUCCGUGACAGGCCCCGCAGAAGGCAAGCAAAGCGGGCAACGAGGGGGCGCCGACAAGCUCGCCAAAGUGGAAGUCGAAAUCAAUUUUGCUGGCUUCUCUGGUGUAGAGCGUAGGAAGAGGAAGAGUGACAAAAGGACGAGCGAGAUGGAGCAUUGUCUGAGGGAGGCCUUUGGAGGUGUGCUGUUGUUGCACCUUUACCCGCAUUCGACAAUCACGUUGAAUGUGCACAUCAUCAGCCAGGACGGCAGUUUGUUAGCGGCGUGUAUCAACGCGAGUACGCUGGCGCUUAUCGACGCUGGAAUACCAAUGACAGAUUAUCUUGUGGCUUGUACGGCGGCAAGUUCGGCAAGUGCGAGCGCGGCAGACAAUGCGAGUGCGGAUGAUCCGUUGUUAGAUCUGAACAACCAGGAAGAACUAGAGUUGCCAUUCCUAACAGUCGGAACAUUGGGAGAGAGCGAUAACGUUGCUGUUUGUGUCAUGGAGAAUAGGGUCAGAAUGGAGAGGCUAGAGAGUAUGUUGGCGGUGGGUAUUGAGGGGUGCAAGAGGAUGCGCACUAUACUGGAUGGUGUGGUCAAAGGAUAUGGCAAACGAUUUGGUUGA